AAUCUAUGUAUCUGAUUGUCGAUGUCAAUGCUCUUGCACAUACAAUGCAUUGAAACAUGAAGAAUUUUCAUCUUGUAAGUUUUGUCAUGUUGCGUGAAGGUGAGAUGUAAGUCUCUGUACGUAUUUUGAUGGCAUAUUACUUGUCCUAAAACUUUUAAAUCUCUAUAAACAUGGUGUUUAGUGGAAUCGCGGAAGUUUUUUCCUCUAUUACUAGUCAUUCCUCAGCUCCUAAAUCAUCGACUGGUUCAUAUGCAUCAUCUGAAUUGCCGCCUCUAAGCGGUCCUGUUCGUGGUUUCGCAUUUCCUGGCUCUAGACGGAAGAAUAAUUUGAGACUCUCCUCAUCGCUCCAAGAUUUCUCUGUGUAUAGUCAACUUGAUCCAGAGGAAGGCAAUGUUAACCUUGGCAUUGAGAGGAUUUCAAAUGAUCCUACCCAGCUUCAUUUGUUAAGAGAAAAUGGCGGGACUAGUUUUUCAAAGGAGAAAUCACCACCACGGCCUACUGCACGAAGAAAGUGGGUGCGAGCAGUCGCAUUUCUCGUCGGCUUGCUGUUGUUUGCUUCUAUUAUCUACGCGUUGCAACUUCUAUAUUCUAAUUGGUCUAAACAAUCUGCCAGAUUCUUUGUUGUACUCGAUUGUGGUAGCACUGGAACACGGGUUUUUGUAUAUCAGGCAUCCGUCAAGCACCAAAAAGAUGGAAAUCUUCCAAUCUUGUUGAAAUCAAUACCAGAGGAUCCUCAUAGUAGGCCUACUUCUGAGAGUGGCCGAGCUUACAACCGUAAAGAGACUGAGCCUGGGUUUGACAAGCUGGUACAUAAUGUAUCUGGCUUGAGCCAAGCAAUAAACCCCCUUCUUGGCUGGGCUGAAAAGCAGAUCCCUAAGCACGCACACAAGACUACCUCGCUGUUCCUUUAUGCUACAGCUGGUGUUCGCAGGUUACCUACUUCUGACUCAGACUGGCUUUUAAAUACUGCUUGGUCUAUUAUGAAGAAUUCAUCCUUCAUGUGCCAAAGAGAGUGGGUUAAAAUCAUCAGUGGCACAGAUGAAGCAUAUUAUGGAUGGAUAGCUUUAAACUAUCAUACUCAUAUGCUUGGGGCUCGACCGAAGAAAGAAACAUAUGGUGCACUUGACUUGGGGGGCUCAUCGCUGCAAGUUACAUUUGAGGGCAAAGAUUACGCCAACAAUGAGACUAGCUUAAACUUGAGCAUUGGUCCUGUGGUCCAUCAUUUAAAUGGCUAUUCGCUGGCAGGUUAUGGUCUUAAUGAUGCUUUUGAUAAAUCUGUAGUUCACCUCCUAAAGAUGAGUCCCCAAACUACUAGAACAGAUAUAAUUGAAGGAAAAGCAGUCAUAAGACAUCCUUGCUUGCAGUCUGGGUACAAAGAGCAGUACAUUUGCUCCCAGUGCCGGAACGCAUUUCAAGACGACCAAAAAAAAUUGGGCGCUGAAGGAAAAACAGGAAUCCCGGUCCAGUUGAUUGGUGCUCCAAAAUGGGAAGAAUGCAGUGCAGUAGCAAAAAUCACGGUCAAUUCAUCAGAAUGGUCAGAUAAAAGUCCAGCAAUCGAUUGUGAUUUGCAGCCGUGUGCUCUUCAAGACAACCUGCCUCAGCCAUAUGGACAGUUUUACGCCAUGUCUGGAUUUUAUGUGGUUUAUCGGUUUUUCAACUUGAGUGCUGAUGCUCCACUCGACAAUGUUUUGGAGAAGGGUCGGCAGUUUUGUGAAAAAUCAUGGGAUGUUGCCAAGAACAGUGUUCCACCCCAGCCAUUUAUAGAGCAGUAUUGCUUCAGAGCACCAUAUAUUGUGUUACUAUUGAGGGAAGGGUUGCAUAUAGAAGACAGUCAAGUUAAUAUUGGUUCUGGAGGUAUUACUUGGACUACUGGGGUUGCCCUGUUGGAAGCUGUGAAAGCAACUUCAACUGGAGGGGGGUUUGAUGAUUACAAAUUAUUCGAAAUUAAGUUUCACCCGCUUUCUCUUUCUGCAAUUUUGUUAGUUUCCUUGUGUCUUGUAGCCUGUGCGUUAUCACGUCUUGAUAAUUGCAUAUCACGGUACUUUCGUAGGAUGAAUCUACCCUUUUUCAGGCACAGAAACACCUCAGGGACUUCUGUUCUCAAUAUAUCAAGUCCUUUCAAUUAUCGGCGCUGGAGUCCCAUCAUUUCAGGAGAGGGAAGAAUGAAGACACCCCUUAGUCCAGUGGCACAUACCCAAAGCAGAGCAUUCAAUUUGCCACUCUACCCAUCAUCAUCUGGGAGCAAUGGCAAUGGCAAUAGCAAUAGCAAUAGCAAUAGCAUGAAGCAUAGUAUUUCUUCAAGUAGCUUGCAAUUAUUCGACACUAGUAGCACCUUCUACCCUUCCCAUCCCCACAGAGGUCAAAUGCGCCUUCAAAGCAGGCAGCGAUCACAAUCUAGAGAAGACCUCAACUCUUAUUCGCUUCCAGACACACAUUUGUCGCCAAAGGUUUAAGGUACAUAUCAUCAUAUU